GCCUCUGCCUCUGCAACUACUAGCCGACUCGUUGCUCGACCGGUAUCUUGACGACGACUACGAUGGCUCGACCUCUGCCGAUCCUGCUUCUGCUUGGCCUUGUCGUCACUCUGUGUCAAGCCAAUCUGACGGAUGAAUGCCUUUGGUGCAUGUGCUAUGUCUCUAGUAGCGGAUGCAAGAUGCCGGAGCCAGUGUGCCAGAACAACGGAUGGGGGGAGGUGUGCGGCCCCUGGGCGAUGUCAAAGCCCUACUGGAUGGACGGGGGCAACCAGAAUGGAGACUUCUACGCAUGCGCCGAGGACUGGUCUUGCAAUGAAUCCACAGUUCGGAGCUACCUUGCUCGCUACGUAACCAGCCCAUACGCUACAUGUCAGUACUACGCCCGUACUCACGUGGGCGGCCCCAACGGAGCCUCUCAAGAAUAUACCUUGGACUACUGGUACCAAGUCAAGGACUGUCUGGACUAUGGAAUUUACACACCACCCCCAACAACUGACUAAGCAAUGAAUUAUCAGAUAACUAACAAUAGCAGUUUUCUGUGCUGAAUUUUCGUGUAUUAAAAAAAAAUAACAUA